AAUGGGGAGGCUCUAAGUGUGUUGGAGGCAUCAGUAAAUGUUGACCGUGCCUAUCGCUUUACAGCAACAUACUUUAGCCCGACCUUGGGUUACUCUAUUGGAGCAAUCAAUGGGACAUCUUCAAGCAAUCCCUGUUUCUGGUUUUUCUACAUUCAACCACCGGGAAGCCCAAAUCCAGUGCUGUCUAACCUUGGUUUAUCCAGUUAUCUCAUUCCUACCAGUGGAUACUCAGUUUUUAUGCGUUAUGAAAAGUACAGUGGGGAAGAUGAGAAGUGUGAUGUUGAGUCAACACCAAUUGACGUGGAGUAUACUUUCCAGUAUUCUGACGCGGAAAAUUGCCCCACGAAUACUUCGGGCAGUGAUCCAAUAAGUGUUACAAUUCCCGCCAAUGGAGUAGCACAAAAUGUCAUGGAAGCAUCAGUCGAUGUGGACAGUUCAUAUCGCUUUACAGCGACUUACUUUGGAUCUACCUUGGGCUACUUUAUUGAUGCAAUAAAUGGUACAUCUUGAGACAAUCCCUGUUACUGGUUCUUCUAUUAUCAAGCACCGGGACUUCCUAAUCCAGUGCUCUCUAAUCUUGGUGUGUCCAACUUCAUCAUUCCUACAAGCGGUUACUCCAUAUUUAUGCGUUACGAAGAAUUUAAGGAGGAACAUGAUUCUGGAACUCCAGCUAACAACACAGAUGAGAUGUCGUGUGAUGUACCAACUGUUGUUGUGCAGUAUGCUUUUCAGUACACCGACAUGGGAAAUUGCCCGCCAUCUUCAAAGAAUGACCCUCUUGAUCCCAUAAGUGUAACAAUUCCUGCCAAUGGGGCGGCACUAAGGGUAAUUGAAGCAUCUGUGGACGUCAGCCGUGACUAUCGCUUUACAGCAACAUACUUUGGAUCAACCUUGGGUUUCUUUAUCGAUUCAAUUAAUGGGACGUCUUCAAGCAACCCCUGUUUUUGGUUUUUCUACGUGCAAACACCAGAAAGUCCCAAUCCUGUGCUGUCCAAUCUUGGUGUGUCCAAUUACAACAUUCCUGAAAGUGGCUAUGUGAUCUUUAUGCGUUUUGAGAAGAGCAACGAAGUUGAUGCCGCAUCAGCAUUUGCUCUACAAUCGAAAAUGUACCUGCUUGGUUUGCUGGUCAUGUUGCUCAUGGUAUAAAAUUGCCACAGAGCUGGAUAAUUAACAUAUUAUGACUGAGAUAGAUCGCAACCUUAGUCGCUAAUAACUACGAUCUUUUAGAUUUUUAUUGCCUUAAUGCAUUUACUACGUACCACAUUGUACAUUUGUUUCCUAACUCUGUUAUAGCUACA